CACCAAGCUCUCACAUUUCAUCUCCGCAAGAAGCAGAGAUAAGAAGAGAGCGCGAGAGAGAGAUUAGAGAUCUUGGGUCCGUCGCGAUGGCCUGCACAGCUCCUACAACACUCUCGUACAGCUGCAAAUCUGCUCCUCGGCCUAUGGCUUCUCUGCCGUCCCUUGGUCUGAGCAAGCCAUUCUCCCAAUCCCUACAGUCAUCCUCACCGUCCAUCCCCAAAUCCUUCAACGGUCUCAGGAAAAUCUCCCAAUCUUCUCGCUCAUCCUUCUCACGCCCUUCUACCAGACAUUCCAGAAGGAGCUUUGUCGUCAAUGCCAGCCAGCUUCCCUUGGUUGGUAACCGAGCACCUGAUUUUGAGGCCGAAGCAGUUUUUGAUCAGGAAUUCAUCAAGGUCAAGCUUUCUGAUUAUAUUGGAAAGAAAUAUGUGAUUCUCUUUUUCUAUCCGUUGGAUUUCACAUUUGUUUGUCCCACUGAGAUCACUGCUUUCAGUGACCGGUAUGCAGAUUUUGAGAAGUUAAACACAGAAGUAUUGGGUGUUUCGGUUGACAGUGUGUUUUCCCAUCUUGCAUGGGUUCAAACAGAUAGGAAGUCGGGCGGACUUGGUGAUCUGAAGUAUCCAUUGAUAUCUGAUGUGACCAAAUCAAUUUCACAAUCUUUUGGUGUUUUGAUUGCGGACCAGGGUAUUGCACUGCGUGGCCUUUUCAUCAUCGACAAGGAAGGAGUGAUUCAGCACUCCACCAUCAACAACCUUGCCAUUGGCCGUAGUGUCGAUGAGACUAUGAGAACUCUCCAGGCGUUGCAGUAUGUGCAAGAGAACCCAGAUGAGGUCUGCCCGGCUGGGUGGAAGCCGGGAGACAAAUCCAUGAAGCCGGAUCCAAAGCUUAGCAAGGAGUAUUUUUCAGCUAUAUGAAGAGGAAGUUAGCUCCCAUUUGACUCCUGCCGCAUUGUUGUUAUUUGAAGAAGAGCUUCUAUAGAGUUUCGUGUUUCCGCUCUUGCUCAUGGCUGCUCGUAGGUUUCUGUAGCUUCAAGAGAAUUUCCUCAAGUGCAUGAUGAAUUCAGUUGCCAGUUUUCAGGAAUGAAUAAAUGCAGUUUUCUCUGCAUCUAUUUGUAGUCA